AUGUCCAGCUGGGACUCACCACCAGAUUAUCCCCUCAACUCCAGCUUUGUGAGGAGAUUAAAAUCUGCCCUGGGCACUGGGGACCAGGAGGCUGUGCAGGAGCUGAUCUGCACUGAGGUGGAGCCCGUGGAUGCCGUGAUAGAGUUGGCCAACGAUGACUGGAUGAAGGAGCCCUCUGCCCAGCUGCCCACAGGCGCAUUACUAGGAGACCUGAACCAUCUUCGGCCCCUCAUGGACCAGUUCUUCCAAGAUGCCAACGUGGUUUUUGAGAUCAAUAAGGACGAGAUGGAGUGGCAGGUGAAAUCCAUGGCCACCUUUGGGCUAUCAGGCCUCUGGACCUUGGAGUACAAGCGUGAACUGACCACCCCACUGUGCAUCGCUGCUGGCCACGGCCACACAGCCUGCGUGCAACACCUGCUCCGACGUGGCGCAGACCCCGACAUCAGCCCGGGAGGUCGCAGCCCCCUACACGAGGCCUGCCUCGGGGGCCACACGGCCUGCGCGCAAUUGCUACUGCAGCAGGGCGCGGACCCAGAUCUGCUCAGCUCCGAGGGCUUGGCGCCCUUGCACCUGUGCCGCACCAUAGAGUCGCUCGGGUGCGCGCAGGCGCUGCUGCAGCACGGCGCGUCGGUGCAUCGAGAGGGUGGCGCCGCCCGGGACUCGCCGCUGCACGUGGCGGCGCAGCACGGCCUGGACCGGCACGCGCGCCUCUACCUGGACCACGGCGCGCGCGUGGACGCGAGGAACGGCCGCGGGGAGACGGCUCUGAGCGCGCGCACCGCGCAGGCGCUGCUCAACCACGGCGCCCCCGCAGUGUGGCCCGACGCCUUCCCCAAGGUGCUGAAGACCUGCGCGCCGGCACCCGCUGUCGUUGAGGUUCUUUUCAAUGCCUAUGCUCAACUCCGUGUGUCUGAGUCCUGGCAGGGGGAGAUCCCUGAAGAAGUGUACCAGAUGCACGAGCCUUUCUACCGGUCUUUCUUCGCCCUGGCGCAUACCCCACGCUCCCUACAGCACCUGUGCCGCAGUGCCAUCCGAAAAGUAUUUGGCAAAAAGUGCUUUCAGCUCGUGCCCCAGCUGCCCUUGCCUGAGACAUUGCAAAAUUAUCUGCUUUUGGAGCCAGAAGGUUUUUUGCGUUGA